UUUCCCCUUUCCUCCAGGAAGCUAACACCAAAUCUGGUCGUGCAACCCCGAUUCCCCCGCGAACUUGCGAAGCGAUGGUGGACGCGUGGUGGUCUCUGUUGGGCGCGGCGUUCCCGGCGCUGGUGGCGGGUCAGUUCAUCCGCACCAAGCGCCGCCGCGACGAGGAGCAGCGCCUCAAGGCGGCGCGCGGGCGGGAGAAGAGCUCCGACGAGGUCUUCGUCUGCGAGCGCGUGUGCACUUCCAAGCGUAUGCUCAACAAGGUAGGGGCCUUCUCCAAGGACCCCAUACCGGAGACCUGCGUCACCGUGUGCGGCGUCUCUGAACUCGACGCCUGCGCCGACGCCUGCGCGCGCACCGUCUGCGUCAACCAGCACCAGGUGCCCAACUGGAACGACGUCUGCCUCAAGAGGUGUCAGAGCGAGUGCCUCAAACUCUCUUCAACGCUAAUGUAAUGGCCAUCUCGCUAUUGUGCUGCGCUCCUUAGAUGCCAACCGUGAGGUUCUUCUCUGUUCCGUUCUGCUUAGAUGCCAUCUCGCUAUUCAUCAUGCUUGAGGACAGUGAAUGUUUCUGG